AUGGCCGCGGCCCCCGCCUAUGAGUCGGCAGCCGCGAUUCUGUCACCUCCGAGCGAUGCCGACACCCUUGGCUUGUUCACUCCCCAAGAUAGCGACGCCAAAGCCAAGGAAGACUACAUCAACUCGCACCCGCUUACCGCAUCUCUGCGGGCGAAUCCGGAUUUCACCGAGUCACGCCCACAUAUGAAGAUACCGCCGUCGUGGCGGAGACACAACUUGACCGGCGGCACGCUCGUGGGGCCGGGCAAGAUAACGAUACCGCCGUUUAGCUGGACCGAGCGGGGCGGCAAGAGCUACGUGCAGAUCACCCACGUCGGGACCGACUUGUGCGGACACAUGGGCAUAAUCCACGGAGGAUUUCUGGCCACCAUGCUGGACGAAGGCCUGGCCAGGUGCUGUUUCCCGGCGCUGCCCUACAACGUGGGCCUGACAGCGAAACUGGAGAUCAACUACAAGGCACCCGCCAUGGCCAAUCAGUACCUGGUGCUCCGCGCCACGACCGUCAAAGUCGAAGGCAGGAAGGCGUGGGUCGAGGGCCAGAUCGAGACCCUGCCGGCAGAAGAGGGUCAACAGCCGGUUGUGCUGGCGACAGCCAGCGCUCUCUAUAUCUCGCCUAGGCAGGCACCGCCCAGCAACAUCACCUGGCACCCGUCGCUCACCCGGCAUGAGCGGAACCAGCUGCGCCGCCAGCGCGGAUUUACCGUCUGGUUCACCGGCUUGUCGGCCUCGGGGAAGUCGACAGUCGCAACCGCGCUCGAGCAGCAUCUGCUUCACCUUGGCUUGGCCGCUUACCGGCUCGACGGCGACAAUGUGCGCUUUGGGCUGAACAAGGACCUGGGGUUCUCCGAGAAGGACCGCAACGAGAACAUCCGCCGCAUUGCCGAGGUCGCGAAGCUCUUUGCCGACUCAUCCACCAUCGCCCUGACCUCUUUUAUCUCCCCGUACCGCGCCGACCGACAGAUUGCCCGAGAUUUGCACGCCGCUGCCUCCCAACCAGGCGACGAGCCACUGCCCUUUAUCGAGGUCUUUGUCGACGUUCCUUUGGAGGUGGCCGAGAAGCGGGAUCCCAAGGGGCUCUACAGGAAGGCGCGGGCGGGAGAGAUCAAGGAGUUUACGGGUAUCUCGGCGCCCUACGAGCCCCCCGAGUCUCCCGAGAUCACCAUUCGCACCGACCAGUUGAGCGUUGAGGAAUGCGUACGCAAGAUCGUGGACUACCUGGCAGAGAGAGGCCUGGUGAGCCAGACGGAAGAGACCAGGUGA